UCAUAUUUAAAAGGGCUCUACUGUUGGGAGAGCAGGAAAGUAUCUCGAGCACUCAUCUCUAGCAGUCAUUUUGUCGCCGAGUGCACUGUGGAAGUUAUUCUCACUCGUUUGUCGCCGAGAGCCUCUUUAUCCCCAGACCCAAGGGCGAGGAUGGCCCUCCACGGGAGACCGCAGACUCUGCUUGUGAGCGCAGCCCUGGUCGCUACCUGUGGCUUCCUGCUCUUGGUUCCUCGGAUCGCCAGCGGGCACAAGAAAGUCCACACCAACGCCCCGUACAACAAGAGCGUCCACGGGAAUCCUGUCGUCAAAUAUGUGAAUUUACAUAUUUUUGUGGAGACAUACGUUAAAGACGAACGCCUUAUAGAAGAUCUCUCUUCCAACAAGACCCUCAGUGUGGAAAAAGGAACCCUCGGCUACAUCCCUGUGCCAAAGUGCGAGGAGGAAUACAACCCGUGUCCCUUCGGUCCGGACGGCAUGAGGAGGAAGUUGACUGCCCGGACAGUCAAGCAGACGGUCAUUAUGUACUUUAAAAAUACGAACAACAAUAAAAUUGAAAGAAAGGAGCAUACUUACGAGGUGGACGCUGAAUGCAUCUGCGAGAAAUAGAAGGACAGCAAGGGUGUUCCUGAAGUUAAAGAUUUAGAAAUAUAUAUGCGUGUGUGUAUGUAUACGUAUGUUUAAU